GGGUAUUCGACUUUGCGGUUUUGAAUUGGUGUUUAAUGGGUCAUUUUCGAUGAGUUCCGAGGAAUGGUUUUUCAUGUCAUGAUUUUGUUUUGCGUCUAUGGUUUGGUUUUCUCCUCUAGCCGGCAUCUACUCGUACCUACUACCUGUUUGUUCAUUGCAUGUUAUUUCCCUCCCCCCUGUGUACGGAAUGUAUAUACUACUGCUGCCAUUAUCAACUACGACUAUGACUACUACUCUAUCCUGGUUGGUCCACUCGGUGGGUGGCUACUGCUGGGUGGAAAUGGUUGCAGAGAUUCUCUGCGGUGCAUUGCAUAGCGUCGCGAAAAUUUGGUUCUUGCAUUUGGGCUCAAAAAAAAAAAAAAAAAAAACAGCCCGCGAGUCUUUGACACAUCUAGGAAAAUAAACUUCAUCACGAUGAAGGAUUGUUGGGCACUAGGGCUGAUGUUACUAUGAAGUACUACCUUGCAGGUUCC